CUUCCGUCCGCCGCCUUGUCGAAAAAGCUCCGAGGUCCCGCUGAAGAUCAGCUCACUGAUUAUAACUUCCAUACGAUAUACAGCCUCCAUUAUGUCUCAACCCGACCCUCUGAGCUGGACUCUUCUCUUCAAGAAGCACAAGACCACCGUGCUUCUGAUGCUCCCGCCAUCGGAGACGAUCGCCACUACAAAAGACGCGCUCCUCAAAGCUCUCAAAUCCCGCGAGAUCCACGAAAUCAACGGCGAUAUAGUUCCAGAUGAUCCGUCUCAUAUUGAAUUCGGUGUUGCAGUGGAUAAGAAUGAUCUAGAAAAGGGCUGGACAAGACUGGAGGCUGAAGUGCCUGCAUUCGACGAUGAUAACGCUCCUAAACGUGGAGCUGCGAAGAAAGGUGCUGGCGCUCUCACGCUGCAAGCGGCUGAGAUUAAGAAUGGGCAGCCUAUUGCUUUCAGGUUCCGGAAGCCCAGGGAGGGCUCGGAGAAGGGCGAGGAUAUGAUUGACCUGGAGCUGGAGGAUCCUGGUUGGGAUGUCAUUGUCCCGAGCUUUGAGGAUGAGGAGGAGGACGUUAAUUAAACUCAUCCCUGUCGGAACAGCUUCUUGGUGUGGAGUUCUGCAACGCUUUCAUGGAUUGGCGCAUGGUUGAUACGGGGCUCAUAUUGGCGGCGUUUACAAUAUUCUCAAUGACACUCUUUUGGGCAGAAUACAAUGAUGUGGUAGUCGAGAUCUUCGUAAAGUAGAAUCUAUCCCGACUUUGAGCAAACG